AUGAUGGCGGCGGGGUGUCUGGGGGUAGGGAAUGGCGGGGUUGGCGGCAGAACGAAGGGUCGAUCUUGGUUUCUUGGUUGCAGGCUCGUGGGAGGAGAGGCUGGAAGGGAGAGGAAGGGAAUGGCGGCGGGAUAUCUGGGGGUAGGGAAUGGCGGGGUUGGCGGCAGAACGAAGGGUCGAUCUUGGUUUCUUGGUUGUAGGCUCGUGGGAGGAGAGGCUGGAAGGGAGAGGAAGGGAAUGGCGGCGGGAUAUCUGGGGGUAGGGAAUGGCGGGAUUGGCGGCAGAACGAAGGGUCUAGCUUGGUUUCUUGAUUGCGGGCUCGUGGGAGGAGAGGCUGGAGGGAGAGGGAGAUGA